GCAGGGCAUCCUGUUUCUACUGGAUUCUCAGUGAAAGACUGGACCUCCAGAGGAAAGCUGUUCCCUUCUAGAGGAUCUCUGCAUCGGCGGAGGACUGCAGCAAACCAUUGCCUGGAUUGCGACCAGCACUCUGACCAACGGGGUUAUAUCCUGACCUUGUCUGUUUGACCGGAGCAGAGGAGAGCCGUGGGAUGGACGCGGGCAAGGCGAUGGAUGUGGCUCCACAGCAGCUGUGCCGGGGAUGCACCGAUGGUGCCAUGACGGGACAAGUCCCAAAGAAUUCUGAGCACCCAUCUGUGUUCAGGUCUUUGAAGAGAACCCAUGACAUGCUUGCAGAUGAUCAUGCCAACCCUAUCCCGUUGGAUGAAGAAAGUCACAGGGUGAGAAGGGCAGGCAGGCUGGGCACAGAGUACGGCUCAGUGUUACACUUGCCCGCACUCCAGCAGAACCUGCAGGAGAAAGGAGGCCCCAGCACCUCAUGGGAUCCCUAUGGACACCAGCAGCCUCCUGCAGAUGGAGGACAAGAAGUUGUGUACAUGAUAACUGUCAGAUACCCGUGCCCGUCUGUGCCUGGUGUGCCCUUGACAGCAUAUACAAAGGUGCAGAGGUUGACAAGUGAACCUGCAGCACCGUCCCAAGCUUUAGCACCUCCUGCUUCCCAGGAAAUGCAUGGAAACUGGACAGCUGCUGGUGUGGGUGACACUUACAGGCCUGCUGGGAUAUCUGAGCCUUUGCAACCUACUGCGAUGUCUGCGGCUGUGAGGGAAGAUGGUGAGUACAAAAAUUCCGCAUACAGGCUGAAGCCCGUUUCAACCGUGCGCAACCAUCCGUGGCACCAACCUUGGACACUGUCCAGAGUUAUCAGAGGUCACCAGGCCUGGGUGAGAUGUAUUGCAGUAGAACCAAGAAAUGAGUGGUUUGUUACCGGCUCUUCUGACAGAACCAUCAAGAUUUGGGACCUUGCAAGCUGCGAAAUGCUAUUGUCUUUGGGGGGGCACAAGGGCGCUAUACAAGGUGUGACGCUCAGCCCAAAGACCUCACACCUCUUUUCUUGUGGAGGAUGCUCAGAAGUGAAAUGCUGGGAUCUUGAAUACCGGAAGGUCGUCCGACAAUACGAUGGUCAUGUAGGCGUUGUCUAUGGCUUAGACUUGCAUCCAACAAUGGACGUGCUGGUGACCUGCAGCAGAGAUUUAACAACACGGGUUUGGGAUGCGAGGUCAAAAAGUCAAGUGCACACACUGAAAGGACACACAGAUUCAGUAGCAGCUGUCAAGUGCCAUGCUACAGAAGCCCAAAUUAUUACAGGCAGUUAUGAUAGUACCAUACGGAUCUGGGACUUGGCAGCAACAAAAACUCGUCUUACUUUAACGCAUAACAAGAAACCUGUGAGAACAAUCCUGCUGGAUCCGACGUGCAGCACGCUUGCAUCUGGUUCUCUUGCUGAGAUCAAGCGGUGGAAAUUGCCAGAUGGAGACUUGAUUCAGACCAUCACUGGUCACAACGCUGCUAUGAACACGCUGGCUGUAAGUUCCAAUGAUGUUCUGGUCUCUGGAGCUAGUGAUGGCUCUAUGCAUGCUUGGGACUGGACAACUGGAAGCCAUUUCCAGAAAAUAAAGUCUGGUGAGCGAACAGAUUAUUUGGACAGAGCUUCAGGAAUAUUUGCUUGUGUUUUUGACCAGUCAGGAAGCAGAUUGCUAACGGCUGAAGCUGAUAAAACCAUCCACAUAUACACAGAAGAUUUUACUAUACCUAAAUACACCUGUCGUGUCUCCAUGAAAAAACAACCUAGAAGGAGGAAGCGAUUUUAGUGGAAUAUAUGCACAAUUUGUUGCUAUUUUGAAAUGUUUUAGAAUAUAUUAUAUUUUUAUUUUAACAUUUUAUAAUAAAGUUUAUUUUUUUUAGAAAAAAACACAAAAAUGCUUUCAUAAGGCUCUUCUUUUAUAAUUCUUCUACCUGUCUAUGACAUGGGUUCAGUUCAAAGAGGUUUGAAAAGACCUCUGAAAUGGCAUUUAAAUAAAAUUCCCUGGUACCUCUCAAAAGCAGAAAUCAGGUGGAAUGAAGAACCCAUUCCAUGCUGGAAAAACAAAGGACACAGUAUCUCUCUACAAGGCAGGUGAGACGAAAGUGCUCACUGAUUCCAGUCCUUGGGUGAAAAAAUGGAGCAGCACACACACAGAGACAGUCACAGAAAAGGUGAAUUUUUGAGGUGAAUUUAUUACCCCACUGAAUUCUGCCAGGGCUCCUGUGCACACCCCCAUUUGUUUGUUCCAGAUGAGAGAUGUUUGUUCUUCACCAUCCCCCUCCCAGCAAAGCACAGACCUCCCUU